AAAAACCUUUAACAACGCUAAGACAAUGGCACUAUGUCACAUCAUACAAUUGUUUAUGUUGUCACACAUUUUGUUAUUUUGUCAAAACAAGAUUUUUUGUAAGUUUCGGAAUAUUCUUCCUCUUCAGGGAACGCCAUCUAGAAGGCCAUUCCACCAUUUGUCAUCUUCACCGCAUAUUGAAGGGAAACCAACCGCACCGGCGAAGUCUGCGAGGUUUUACCUGGCUAAGAUCCAGCACUAUGAGGCUCAUUUGCCUGUUGGUCUUGGUGGCCGAGCUGAGGAGGGUGACGAGUCAAGACUCUACCAAACAAUACACAGAAGAGGAGGGUAGAAAGUACAUUAACGAGAUCCAAGAAUCCGACAGCAUCUGGGCAAACAAACUGGCCAAUGCAGGGUGGGAUUACAAUAGCAACCUAACAGACUACAACUUGGAUAAACAGAUGAAGCUAUCCGCAGAAUACGCAGUGAUUGAAAGAAAGCAGUGGGAAGAAGUGAUCAAGUACGACUGGAAAUCAUUCAAAGAUCCUAGCCUUAAGAGGAUGUUUAAGUUGUACUCGAAAUUGGGAACUGCUGCACUGCCGGAAGAAGAAAGGUCCCGGUUGGAAAAAGUCGUCGCUGACAUGUCUAACACGUACGCUACAGCCAAGCUGAGGGAAUGGCCUGGACCAGGGAGGGGAAACCAAAACAAGCCAGAAAAUCUAACGAUAUCGCUCGAACCAGAUUUAGUGAAAAUCUUCAAGGACGUCAACAGCCCCUGCAAGCUGCAGUACUACUGGGAGGGAUGGCACACCUCAGUCGGAAGGCAAGUCAAGGAUCAGUUUAAGGAAUACGUGGAUCUGUCUAACAAAGCUGCAAAAUUGAAUGAUUACCCGGAUAAUGCAGCAUCAUGGAACGAAGAUUUUGAAAUGGACGAUUUUGACGGCGAAAUAAAAAGGUUGUACAACCAAAUCCUUCCGUUGUACAAAGAACUUCAUGCUUAUGUCAGACGUAAGCUGAUGAAACGCUACAACACAGCUCAACAUAAGUUGAUCGAGAAGCAUGGGUGUCUGCCUGCGCAUAUCUUAGGAAACCUUUGGGGACAAGAAUGGCAAGAUACGUCAAAACUUACAAUUCCUUACAAAGGAAAAUCAUCCGUUGAUGUGACAGCCAAUAUGGUAGCUCAGAAAUACACUCCGUUAAAAAUGUAUAAAAUGGCGGAAGAGUUUUUUACGUCCAUAAACAUGAGUGCAAUGACAGAUACAUUUUGGAAAAAGUCCAUCAUAGAGAAACCGACCGACCGUGAUAUGGUGUGUCACGCUUCUGCAUGGGACUUUUCUAAUGGAGAUGACUUCAGGAUUAAAAUGUGCACGGAAGUUAAUUUCAAUGACUUAAAAACCGUUCAUCACGAAAUGGGUCAUAUAGAGUAUUACCAGCAGUACAAGGAUCAGAAGUUUGUGUUCCAACAAGGCGCUAACUCAGGUUUUCACGAAGCCGUUGGAGACACAAUAACACUCUCAGUGUCAACUCCUGAACACCUGAUGAAGGUCGGUCUAUUGGAUUCAAAGACGUACAAGGAAGACAAAAAGUCCGAGAUGAACGCCCUGUUUCUAAUGGCAUUGGAGAAAGUGGCGUUUUUACCUUUUGCAAUGGUUUUGGACUUAUGGAGGUGGGAAAUAUUCAGAGGAAAGGUCACCCCUGACCAGUACAACUGUCGCUACUGGCAACUGAGGCAAGAGCUGCAAGGAAUCGUCCCUCCUGUUGAUCGUAGCAAGGAAGACUUCGACGCUGGGGCUAAAUAUCAUGUUAUUGCUGAUGUUCCUUACAUUCGCUACUUCGUGUCGUUCGUGAUACAAUUCCAGUUUCAUGAAGCUCUAUGUAUCAAAGCCGGACAGUACGAUCCCAACAAUCCAUCAACAAAGCCUCUACACCAUUGUGAUAUUUAUCAAAGCAAGGAAGCUGGAAAUAUAUUUAAAAAAAUGCUUGCAAUGGGUGGUUCCAAGCCACCCCAAGAUGCGUUCGAAGUUCUCACUGGCCAAAGGGACAUGGACGCUGGGGCUUUGCUGAGAUACUUCGCACCCCUUCAUAAGUGGUUAGAGGAGGAAAACAAACGGGCUGGAGUAAAAGUUGGCUGGAGCACCGACCAUAAAAUAAAAUGUAACGGAGAUGGUGAAGUAAAAGCAAGACCUGCCAAUCCUAACUGUCGCUAUGACUUCACAUAAUCACUCAACUCUGAAGAUGAAAAACAUGGCAGCAUAAUUUAAAAUUUGUGAAAUUAAAGACAGUUUAUUUUUAUGAGCAA